AUGACAUCUUGGGAAAGGUUGCGCCAAUGGCGCCACCUUACUUAUGCGGUCGCAUUCUGUUUAAUAGCCACUAGUGUCCUCGCUGACAAAUCCUAUUACCACACUAAGCGUUUCCACGAAAGGAACAAAUUUCCAAAGCAUCAAAAGAACAUCCCGCAUCCUCACCAUCACGGUUCACCUCAUUACUCUCACAAAUCACCACCACCGUUAGUUUACCACUAUAAACCUCCCCCUCCACCGGCUAAAUCACCACCUCCUCCGGUUUACUACUACAAAUCUCCACCACCGGUAAAAUCUCCACCUAGGUACUACUAUAAAUCACCUCCUCCACCCGCCAAGUCACCACCGCCACCAGUUUACUACUACAAAUCUCCUCCACCACCGGUAAAAUCUCCACCUAGGUACUACUAUAAAUCUCCACCUCCACCGACCAAGUCACCACCGCCACCAGUUUACUACUACAAAUCUCCUCCACCACCGGCGAAAUCCCUACCGCCUCCGUACUACAAUAAAUCUCCACCUCUGCCAGCCAAGUCACCACCACUGCCUGCUUACUAUUAUAAAUCUCCUCCGCCGCCAGGAAACUCCCUCUCUCCUCCAUACUACUAUAAAUCUCCACCUCCACCGGCCAAGUCACCACCACCGCCGACUUACUACUACAAAUCUCCUCCGCCACCAGUAAAGGCUUCCCUUCCUUCUUACUACUAUAAAUCCCCACCUCCACCUGUCAAGUCACCACCGCCGCCAGCUUACUAUUACAAAUCUCCUCCUCCACCGAUAAAGUCUCCACCACCACCUUAUUACUAUAAAUCUCCACCCCCACCGAUGAUGUCACCAUUGCCACCAGCUUAUUAUUACAAAUCUCCACCACCACCAGCUAAAUUGCCACUGCAACCUUACUACCACAAAUCUCCUCCACCUCCACCAAACUCAUCACCACCUCAUUCCUAUUACUACAACUCCCCACCUCCUCCCCAUUCUCUUCCACUAUCUUCCCCUCCUCCAUACUACUAUAUAUCUCCAUCUCCACCGACCAAGUCACCGCCGCCGCCAGUUUACUACUACGAAUCUCCUCCACCACCAGCAAAAUCUUCACCACUUCCAUACUACUAUAAAUCUCCACCUCUGCCGGCCAAGUCACCACCACCACCUGCUUACUAUUACAAAUCUCCUCCGCCACCAGUAAAGUCACCCCCUUCUACGUACUACUACAAAUCUCCACCUCCACCAGCCAAGUCACCACCACCGCCGACUUACUACUACAAAUCUCCUCCGCCACCAGUAAAGGCUUCCCUUCCUUCUUACUACUAUAAAUCCCCACCUCCACCUGUCAAGUCACCACCGCCGCCAGCUUACUAUUACAAAUCUCCUCCUCCACCGAUAAAGUCUCCACCACCACCUUAUUACUAUAAAUCUCCACCCCCACCGAUGAUGUCACCAUUGCCACCAGCUUAUUAUUACAAAUCUCCACCACCACCAGCUAAAUUGCCACUGCAACCUUACUACCACAAAUCUCCUCCACCUCCACCAAACUCAUCACCACCUCAUUCCUAUUACUACAACUCCCCACCUCCUCCCCAUUCUCUUCCACUAGUUUACUACUACAAAUCACCCCCACCACCUUUCAACCACUAUUAG